UGUACAGUGACUUGAAACAUAUGUAACCUGUGUAAUUUCAAAUAUUUACUAUUUCGUGUAAAGAAUAAGUUAAUGAAGAAUUUAUAAAUAACAGAUUAAAAAAAAAAAAAAAAGUUUAUUGAAAAUAUCAAAAUCAAUUAAAAGAAAAUUUGUAAGUGACAUAAUCUAAAUAAUAACAGUGACAAAUUCAUGAGAUGAUUCAUGAUCAUCCACACGUGUUAUAUGAUAUUUAGUACUUGAUAUUAGUUUCAUUUAAUAACAAUGACAGAUUCUGAAACUAAAGAAGCACCAGCAGAAGAUACUAAAGAGAAAGAUGAAAAUAAUCCUUACGCUUAUCUCGAAAGAGAAAAUUUCACAUCAGAAAAGUUUAAAGUUGAAGUACGCGGAUUGCCCAAAUAUUAUGGAAUUGGAGAAUUUAAAAAAUUAUUGACCAUCAAGCUUAAAUUAAAACCAUGCAAGGUUAAAUCAAUGAAAGAUUCCAACGGUUGGCUUUAUGUUAGUUUUAGAAGUGAAGAAUGUCGUGCACAAGCUAUAUCAACUUUAAAUGGAAUUACAUGGAAAAAUUGCAAACUUACCGCUCAGAUCGCUAAACCUGCUCCAGAUCCAUUUAUAAAACGAAAAUUAGAAAAGAAUAAGACUAAUAAGAAAUUAAACGCUAACACUGAUCCGAAUAUGUCUGACAUGGAUAAAAUUAAAUUACAAACUACUCCUCUAUGGAAUAUGUCUUAUCCAGAUCAACUCAAAUUCAAGCAAGAAGAAAUGAAGUCUGUAUUAAUAGAACUCGCACAGAAAAUGCUUAGUAAUUACAAUAAUCAGAAUGGUUUGAAACUAUCAAAAUGGCUUCAUUCGCAAAAGGAACUCUAUGAAGGUUUACCUUGUGAAUUAAAACCUAUACUAUAUGCUGAUAGUACAGAAGGUUAUAGAAACAAAUGUGAAUUUACAAUUGGUAAAAAUGUAAAAGGUGAUAAAGUAAUAAUUGGAUUCAGACUGUCUAGUUAUGCUGAUGGUUGUACAGCAGUUGGUCCUAUCGAUGAUCUCUGUCAUAUUCCUACAAGUAUGAAAACUGCUAUGAAGAUUUUAGAAGAAUUUAUACAAAUGUCUGGUUUAGAACCUUUUAAUCCAGUUGAUAACAGUGGAUAUUGGAAACAAGUUACUGUUAGAACCAGUCGUCUCAAUCAAUUAAUGUUAAUAGUUGGAAUAAAUCCUCAAGAUUUGAGCGAUGACAAAUUACAAGAAUUACAAACAAUGCUGAAAGAAUUUGUCGAAAUUGGAAAAGGAUCCAGUAUAAAUGUUACAUCACUUUAUUUUCAAAUAAUGAGAAAAAAAAGUGCUGGUAGUGAGCCUGGAAAUACUAUACAGCAUAUAAGUGGAGCCGAGUAUAUAGAAGAAAUGUUGUUAAAUAAGAAAUUUCGUAUAUCACCGCAAGCCUUUUUUCAAAUAAAUACAUUAGGUGCUGAAGUUUUAUAUAAAGCAAUUAUCGAUAUGGCAGAACCAACUAAUGAUACUACAGUACUAGACAUUUGUUGUGGUACUGGUUCUAUAGGUUUAUCUUUCUCAGAGCAUUGCGGUGAAGUGUUAGGAGUAGAAAUUGUACCUGAUGCUAUUAAAGAUGCUAAACAAAAUGUUAUUCAAAAUGGUAUUACCAAUAGUGACUUUUUUUCUGGUAAAGCAGAAAAGAUUCUAUAUCCUAUUGUACAAAGGGCAACCAAAUCUCGUAUCGUAGCUGUGCUUGAUCCACCAAGAGCUGGUAUAGAUCAAAAAACAUUAUUAACGUUACGUAGGACUAAUAAAUUGAAUAGAUUGAUUUAUAUAUCUUGUAAUCCUCAAGCUGCUAUGAAAAAUUUGUUGGAUCUUACAAGACCAAGAUCGAAAUUAUUUGCUGGCAAACCUUUUGUACCGAUCAAAGCUGUUCCUGUAGAUAUGUUUCCUCAUACGAAUCAUUGUGAAUUAAUAAUAUGCUUUGAAAGAUUUACUGAAGAUACAGACUCGAACGAUGAUGAUUUAAAUAAUAUUUAAAUUAAAUAUUGUUAUUAUUAUGUAAUUCUAUACAUAUAUAUUUUUAAUUAUCAAUAAUAUUGUGGUAAUAUUUUCUAUACGAUGUACGAAACAAAAAGACUAAACAACAAAUCAUUUUCAACAAAUAGAUACAAAAAUGAUCUAAUGAUUGAUUAACAUUAUUUCAUAUCCCGUAUCGCUUUAUAAUUAUUAUUCUAUUAAAUAA